AAAUAUUUCAAUUUUGACUUUAACAAAGUUUUUUUUGGAUGUUAUAACUUCGAAUAUAAACCACUAAUCUUGUAAAUACGGGAUGCUGAAGAGGAUUUCUGUGAUGAUUCAUUGCCAUAGAUAAGGCUAUUUGGAACCCGCACCCCACAAAUGCAGUUUUUUUUUGUUGGGAACGUUUUGCUGAUUUGUUCCAAUCCAACACCACCCCCUCCCCGGCUCUCUCCACCCUGCCUGGGUGCGCAGGUCGCUGUUUCGGCGCGGGGAGACGCUGGCCUGCAGCUUUGCUGAGAGAUAAUGCGGGAAGGGAUUCUUGCUGGAUCCCACAGCAGGCAGCCGUUAUCGGAAUCUCGACAGCAGUCCCAGCAAUUGCAACGAUGAACCAGCAAAGCAUCUGUCACCGCUGGCACCCAUGGGUGCUAGUGCUCACUUUCAUUCUCCUCCUUGGCUUAAUCAACUUUUGGAACAGGGGGCAGACAAUCAGGCAGCCGACCAGCAGGGAAUCGGGGUACCCAGACCCAGACUCAGUGGCACGCAUCUCACCAUCACAGAACAAGCAAGGCGACGAGGAUGCCUGCCUCUCCGUUCCAGAGCGUGAUAGAUUUGACUGCUAUCCGGAGAGGGACCGAGUCGUCUCUCGGAAGUUGUGUGAGGAACGUGGCUGUUGUUUUGCCAAGGUCACUGUGGAUCUAUCUGGAGAGCCUUGGUGCUUCUACCCACCGAAUUUUUCAAGUUAUAUCCUAGGAAACCUGACACCUACAGAGCUGGGAGAGGUGGCAGAGCUCACACGAAGGAAUAAAACUUACUAUCCCAGGGAUAUUUGGAAACUCCAACUGAACAUAAUAUUCGAAGCUGACCACAGACUUCACAUCAAGAUAAAUGACUCCUCAAAUCCACGGUAUGAGGUCCCCAUUGAGGUUCCCAAGGCAGCAAAGAAAGCCAUGCAUCCACUGUACACUGUAGAAUAUUCCGAGGAUCCAUUUGGGAUUGUUGUGAGAAGGAUAUCCACGAGGAUGGUGCUAUUGAACACGACAGUCGCCCCCCUCUUCUUUGCUGAUCAGUUCCUGCAGAUGUCAACCUCAUUGCCCUCAGAAUACAUCUAUGGUCUUGGAGAACACCAGUCAGGUUUCCUGCAUAGUGUCCAGUGGAACACACUCACAUUCUGGGCUCGUGAUAUCCCUCCUCAGGAGUCUGUUAACCUUUAUGGAGUCCACCCCUUUUAUCUGUCUAUGGAGCCAGAUGGGAAGUCACAUGGUGUUUUCCUUCUCAACAGCAAUGCAAUGGAUGUGGCCCUCCAGCCCACUCCUGCUCUGACAUGGAGAACCAUUGGUGGUAUUCUUGACCUCUACAUAUUUAUGGGUCCUGACCCAAACUCAGUCAUCCAACAGUAUUUGGAGGUCAUUGGUUUGCCUUCGAUGGUGUCUGCUUGGGGUCUCGGAUUUCAUCUCUGCCGCUGGGGAUAUGAGACAAGUAACGCCACCUGGGAGGUGGUUAACCAGAUGAGGAAAGCAGGAAUGCCUCAGGAUGCUCAAUGGAAUGAUAUCGAUUACAUGACUGAAUAUCGAGACUUCACCUUUGACCCUGAGAAAUUUGCAAGUCUUCCACAACUGGUGGCAGAUCUCCACUCCCAUGGACAACAAUAUGUGAUGAUUCUGGACCCAGGAAUCAGCAGCAUCCAACCACCAGGUUCCUAUUGGCCAUAUGACGAAGGCCUGAAACGGGGAGUCUUCAUCUCCAAUGCAUCUGGAAGUCCUCUGAUUGGAAAGGUUUGGCCUGGAUUGACAGCAUUCCCUGACUUUACAAAUUCAGACACACACCAGUGGUGGUUGGAUAACCUGCUGUACUUCCACAAGGCUGUGCCCUUUGAUGGCCUCUGGAUUGACAUGAACGAGCCUUCCAACUUUGUGGAUGGAUCUGAGAGCGGGUGCCCGACCAACGAGCUCGAAAACCCUCCCUAUGUCCCAGGCGUGCUGGGUGGCAGCUUAUGCAGUAAAAGCAUUUGUGCCUCAGUAAAGCAGAAGGUAUCUACGCACUAUAAUGUACAUAGCCUGUAUGGGCUGAUGGAGGCCAAGGCCUCAGCAAGUGCUUUGAUUAAAAUCCGUAAAAAACGACCAUUUGUCAUUUCCCGAUCAACAUUCCCAAGUCAAGGCAAGUACUCGGGACAUUGGCUGGGAGACAAUAGGAGCCAGUGGAGGGACAUGUACUUUUCUAUUCCAGGUAUUCUGAACUUCAAUAUGUUUGGAAUUCCUCUGGUCGGUGCAGACAUAUGUGGAUUUGGCGGCAGUACCACAGAGGAAAUGUGCGUGCGAUGGAUGCAGCUUGGUGCUUUCUACCCCUUCUCUCGAAACCACAACACCCAAAACGAGAAGGCUCAGGACCCGACUGCGUUCAGUGCACCCGCUCAAGCUGCAAUGAAGCGUGCCCUCCUUACCCGCUACUCUCUGCUCCCAUACCUCUACACGCUCUUCCAUCACUCACAUAUCCGGGGAGAAACUGUUGCCAGAGCUCUCCUCUUUGAGUUUCCUGAAGAUAAAAAUACUCUCUCCAUUGACCGACAGUUCCUGUGGGGUCGUAGCCUCCUCAUUUCACCAGUGUUAGAUCCAGGGAGCAGUGCUGUGACUGCAUACUUUCCCAAAGGGGUUUGGUACGACUUCUACACGGGAUCUCCACUUGUUAGCACAGGAGAGUAUGUCAAACUUCCCGCUCCUCUGGACACCAUCAACCUGCACCUGAGGGAGGGGGAGAUCGUUGUCACACAGGAACCUGCCACAACCACUUGGGUGAGUAGUGGCAACCCUUUUCACCUGCUUGUGGCACUGUCCCAGAACACAUCAGCAAGGGGUUUCCUAUUUUGGGAUGACGGUGAGAGUCUGGAUACGUACGAGAGAAACGAUUACACUUACGUUGAAUUUACUACUGAUGAGAACAAGCUGAUCUCCAAGGUGCUACACGUGAAUGUGGAGGCUUCCUACAUCAAGAUAAACACUGUGAAAGUACUUGGAGUCAAGUUCCAGCCCUCCACGAUCAUUGUAAAUGGGAAAUCUGUUCCCUUUUCAUUGUCUUCAAACCAGGUUUUGACUGUUGAUAAGCUCCACCUCCCCCUCGGGAAAGGAUUCUGCAUCUCCUGGUUGUAAUUUAAGCAUGCAAAGUUUGUACUGAGGCUUCAUACAUCAAAGUUGCUGGUGAACGCAGCAGGCAAGGCAGC